CACAACCAACACAAACGGUCACCCCCGAACAAUCCAUAGGAUCGGCAGAUGAAAUUUUACCAGAACAUGAUCUUCAAUUUACAAAUCCAUCAAGCACCGUUACCGAAACUAUACAGGUUCCUCAAGAAAUAGGAUAUUUCAUCGAAAUGAUGUCAGCUAUUCAACAAAAUCAAAAAGUUCUUUUCGAAAACCAACAAAACAUUCUUAAAGGCCUUGCUAAAAUAAACACCAAAUUAGAUGAAUACUUCACGAGGUCACAGGGACCAUUUCAACAAGAACGACAGGAACAGCCAUCGCAUUUCAAAAUAAUCACGAAUAUAGACGAAUUAACUAAUUUUGAGGAACAACUGAAAUGUCCUUUAAUGGUAUCUAAAUAUUUUGAACAACUUUCUAUAAUAUGUAGACAUAAAAAAUCUGCUCAAAAUAAUGCGUAUGCAUUAGUGGAUUCCAUGUUCGACCGCAAACUUAUGACGUGCUGUUCCUGGGGAGGAGGUUCAAAGGGGGAACCUAAACAUUGCUUCAAAGCUUUUUCAAAAACAAUCGAUUUGUUUCUUAAAGUAGUGCAUCAAUAUGAUGAAACGUUUACUAAACCAAAUUGUGUGGACUUUUUCAAAAAUGUCAUGCGUCAUUCCACAAAAAGAAACAAAGCCAAACGUGUACGUAAUUCCACAACGAAGAAGAAGAAUAAAAAUAGGGCUGCUGAAAACCAAUUGCAAGAUGCAGAUCGGCCGGACCAGGGACUACCCAACAUUAGUGAUCAGACUAAACUAGCUUAUUACCUUCUACAUUUCUGUGGCAGACACUAACACGAGUCGACUUGUGCUACAAAACACUUCCGUGAUUGGACAUUUCCGCGCUAAGACACUAGCGCGAUUGGACAUUUGAACGCUUAUGUGUCUAACACGAAAAUGGCACACACGUAAAGAGCCAAUCGCGCUAGCGUCUUUGGCACGGAAACGUCUAAUCGUGCAAGUGUCUUGGCGUGGAAAUGUCCAAUCGCGAAAGUGUUUGGUAGUGCAAGUUGACUCAAGCUAGUAUCUGCCGCAGAAAUGUACCUCGCAGAAGUGUCCAGUUGCCAGAAUUAUGAUAUAUACCCUAUUAUAUUAUCUUAUAAUUUGAAAUUACGAUUGAGUUUGAGUUGAUAAUAGGUACUAUUUUUUGUAUUACAUAUUUUUUUGCAAGCUAUAUUCAGCAUUAUAAGUGCAUCCAUCCAUUAAAGGCUUGUAAACUUUAUAGCUAUUUAUGAUGCUGACCAUACGUAAAUGUAAAAACGAUUAAACUUAACAUAUGUUAAGUUUCGAUUUUGUCGAUAUCGGUUGAACGCUGUCGACGUCUCUUACCGACAUCGACACACAACCAUGUAUUCGGUGUGUGAUUUUGAACACCCUAGCGUUGCAAUUAUUCAUCGGUUUUUUGUACUUUCUACGGUUUCUUUUGUUGUUUGUUUUUAUUUUAAAAUUUAUAAAAUCAUUUAGAUUGAUGUGCGCGCCUUGCUGUAUAGCAGCCGGUAUUGACUUAAUUCGUAAAUAGUAGCUAAACAGCAAAGCAGCAAUUAUUUAUUGAAUUAGCUACGGAUGUUGUAAAAACAAUAAAAAAGAGCCAGCUUUCUAAUUCACUACUAAAUAAAAUUAUAAAAGAAAAGAAAACUGUAAAGUUUUUAAAAUUACCGGUAAAAACACUAUGGGGUAGCCAUGUAGCUUGCUUAAAAAGUUUAAAGGAAACAAAAGCAGCCCUAAUGGCCCUGGCCAUUCACGAAGCCACAGUGAUUCCUGCAGAGACCAAAUCUACUCUUCUAGAUGAUAGAAGAUUGCAUUGCUAUUUUGGAACCAGUUUCUGAGCCUAUCUUUAAACUAGAAGCAAAUGAAUGUAAUAUAAUUGCAAAGAUGUGAAAUCAAAAUUGGAAUUUAUGUUACCCAACAUAACAAUCAUAAGCAAUGAGGACAAACAAACCAUUUUGAAUUCAGUGGACAAAAGAACAAAAGACUGUAUAAAACCAAUACAUUUAGCGGCUUACCUUUUGGACCCCAAAACAUACGGGUUGACAUUAAACGAAAAUGAAGAUCUGGAGGCCAUGGAAUUUAUUGAAAUUAUGGCUCAAAAUCAUAAUUCUGAUGUAGUCAUAGAUUUAGCUACAUAAUUACAAAGCCAGGGAUGGAUUUUGGAGAAAGCGCUUC